CUAUGCUGACGUGGCAAGGCUUCCUGGCUUCCAACUAAGUAAGAAUUUCAAAAGGACGGGAACAGGAACGGAAGAAAAGAAAAUCGAGCAAGUGAGAGGAGGCGAGAGCCAGCUCAAACUCACCGACGGAUCGGAAGCAACAUCGAAGACCAAAACGUAACCGUAACGGGGUGUUAUCUCUCAUUUAAUCAUCUCCGAUUCUUGCUCGGCACGAUUUUCGAAUUCUGAGCUCAGGGACAAGUAACAGCCCCACGCUUUCUACGUUUGUGCUUCCGCUUAUUAAUUAGCCUCCGGAGGUGGAGGAGGGAGUGGAUGGGAUAUGGCGGAGCCGCCGUCACUUUCGUCACCGCUACCGGCGAAAGAUAACAAGCUGUUGAAAGGAAUAUUCGCCGUAACUGGAAUCAUUUCGACGCUCGUUAUUUAUGGUGUUUUACAGGAAAAGAUCAUGAGAGUUCCUUAUGGGCCUCACAAAGAAUAUUUCAGAUAUUCCUUGUUUCUUGUCUUCUGCAAUCGAAUUUCAACUUCUGCCGUUUCAGCUGGAGUUUUAUUAGUAAGUAAAAAGUUUUUGGACCCCGUGGCUCCGUUAUACAAGUAUUGUGUUGUUUCUGUGUCUAACAUACUUACAACAACAUGUCAGUAUGAGGCCCUUAAAUACGUCAGUUUUCCUGUUCAGACACUGGCUAAAUGUGCUAAAAUGAUACCUGUCAUGCUUUGGGGCUCUAUCAUAAUGCAAAAGAAGUACUAUAUCAAAGAUUAUGCAUUGGCAUUCUUGGUGACAGUUGGGUGUUCAAUAUUUAUUCUGUUUCCGGCAGCAGGCGAUAUUAGUCCUUACAGUAGAGGAAGGGAAAGCACAGUUUGGGGUGUCUCCCUGAUGAUUGGUUAUUUGGGGUUUGAUGGGUUUACAAGCACCUUCCAGGAUAAACUUUUUAAAGGAUAUGAUAUGGACAUACACAAUCAGAUCUUCUACACAACCCUUUGCUCUUGUAUGCUGAGUUUUACUGGUCUAAUCUUACAGGGCAAUCUGCUGAUGGCAAUAGAUUUUGUAUCUCGGCACCAUGAUUGCUUUUUUGAUAUUAUAUUGCUAUCAACUGUAGCAACAGUUAGCCAAUUCUUUAUUUCUUAUACAAUCCGCACGUUUGGUGCUCUGACGUUUGCGACCAUAAUGACCACAAGACAGUUGGUGAGCAUUCUGCUGUCCUGUGUAUGGUUUGCCCACCCACUCAGCUGGGAACAGUGUAUUGGAGCUGUUAUUGUCUUUGGGUCCCUGUAUGGAAAAAGCUUUCUAAGAGAGAGACCAAGAACUUCACCGUCUAAUCCUCAAGAAAAUGGAGCUUCCUCUCCAUUGAAAGCUAAUCCAUAACUGGAACAAAUUAUUUUGCGACUUUGUUUAUAGAUCCUCUGAAACAUGCAUCUAUUUUCAAUUGUGAAGCUUCAAUCAGAAACAUUGACUGCCAAGGGCUUGGAUUGGAGACUUGCUCUCGAGAUGGCACAACUUGCUGUUCAGUUGCAUUAGAUGUUAGAUUCUAACAGCCGUUCAGAUUUUGACACCCCUAUGCCCGAUUUUUCACUGGGUUAGGUUACAGCUAGUAAAGAAAUGAGAAUGCAGUCUUGUAGUUUAAGUUUGUAUUUUCUGUCUUUUCUACGGCCGCUUAUUUUUUUUUAUAUAUAUAUAUAUAUAUAAUUUUUUUCCCCCUGAUUCGGUUUUGAAGCCUGCAGAAAGUGGGCAAUGCGAAGUUCAGGUAACUUGGUUUGUAGUUUUAGCUGCACCUAGAGCUAACCUCCCGAAGAAGGGGGGAAAAUGUAUGUUGUUUUUUCUCAAACACAGCUUUUGUUUUAUAAUGCACAAGUUGAUUAUUCGA